ACCAGAUGGCUAUAGUCAUUUUGUGAUUGUUGAAUCCGUGGUUGAAAAAACUUGGUGAAAAUUGGAUACGUGGUUGCAGUACGAUGGUCGUUGAAGAGAAAAUUAGUGAAUCCUUGAAGGAAAAUCAAGUAAAUGAUGACACAAUACCAGUGGAACAGACGACGUACUCGUUGGAAAUUUUAAAAAUAAUAAAAGAGGCACAACAGCAGCAUGGGUUGAGGCAUGGUGAUUACCAACGAUACCGUGGAUAUUGCUCAAGAAGACUAAGACGUCUUAGGAAGGUUCUAAAAGUUCCACAAGGAGACAAGCGUCACUUUAAAAGAAGAGAUAUAACCACCUUGAUGGUUACAGAUGACAAAUUUUUACAAGUUCCUCUAAUAAUGGCAGAACGUGCUUGGAGUUAUGCUAUGCAAUUACGUCAAGAAUCUAACACAGAACCAAGAAAGAAGUUUCAUUUGAUAUCAAGACUAAGGAAAGCUGCUACAUAUUCCUUACAAUUACAAGAAUUGAUAGAGAAUGCUAACUGCGAUGCAAGAACAAAGUUAGAAGCUCAAGCAUAUGUAGCAUGGAUACAUGGAUCCUUACAUUUUGAAUUACAACUGUGGAAAAAAGCAAUGGAGAAUUUGAAGAAGGCUCAAGUGGUAUAUGGAAAGUUGGCUUCUGCACUACCAGAAUCUGAGCAAAUAUUGUACAACGCUCGCGUCGAGGAGCUUGCUCCAAGCCUUAGAUACUGUGCCUACAACAUAGGAGAUACCACUGCCAUAGAUGAUUUAAUGCAAAUGAGAGGACAACUAAGUGGCGAGUUACUAGCCAAUUUAGAUUCGUUGAUAGCUCAAACUCGAGAAAAACAAACAAAUACUGAAGAAGUAACUUGGCGUGGCCAGUCUUGUGGUGUAGUUCCACCAAGAGCAGCUGGUCUCCUAAUUGCUGAUUCUAGACUAAAUCAAACAUUAGAGAAAGCAGCUACGAAUCAAGCUAAGAUUGAUUUGUUAGAAGCGCAUUUGAUAGAUUGUAAAGAUGCGAUUUCGACCAUAAGAGACUUGUUUAAGAAUGAGCUAAAAAACAAGGACAAUGAUAAAUUGUCUCCUUCACAGCAUUUAAUCACAUAUUUACAGUAUAUCAGAUUAUCUCGUACAUUGGAAAGGAACUUAGCAUUAAUAAAAGCAGCGGAAGACUCUGCGAAAACAAAACCACAAGACAUUGUAAGAUUAUACGAGGCAGCGCUUCACAAUCUUGUUGAAAUAUCACAACUACAGGAUGAUGAAGAAUUUGUACGUGAACAGGAAGCAAAAACAAAGGGUUACAGGGCCUUCAGAUGUUAUUAUAUGGCACAAUCACUGGCAAAUCUUCAUAGAUGGAGAGAAGCUAUGGCUUUGUAUCAAAGAUCUGCGAAACAUGCAAAAGAUGCAUUAGAAUAUGGUGAAGUGCUUCCAGAAUCGUUAAGCAAAGCUCUUGAGAAGCUGGAAAUCUCUAUAGAAGGUGCCAAGUAUGCAGCACAUGCACACAGCGUUUUAGAAGAUGGACAAGAAGAAGAACCUGGUAUUAAUAAAUACACAAGAACGAAGAAGCCUCUGUAUGAACGUUUACACGAGUACAGAGAGGACAGUGCACUUCUUACAAAGCAACCUAAUGUUUACAAAUUGCCACCAUCCAUGCAAUCUAUUCCUUGUAAACCACUCUUUUUCGAUUUAGCUUUUAAUAUGGUAGAAUUCCCUGAUUUAAAUGAGAAACUUGGCGAUCAGGCUAAGAAAGGCGGUCAAGCUGGUCUUACAGGAUUCGUUAAAGGUCUUUGGGGUUGGGGUAACAAAUAAAAAACAGGGGAAACGUGUGAAAAAUAUUCAAUUUUGAAUAUUAUCACACAUACGAUAAUGCAUUUUUACGGUAUUCAAUUGGCUCGACAAGAACCGUGUUUUCACUUAUAACAGCAAUAUUGAAUAACAAAAAUAAAGAGGAUAUUAUUAAUA